UCAACUAGUUGCAAUCUUUAGAGGCUCGGUUGUUUUCGUCUUAAAAGUCUCAAGUAUUUCAUCACUAAAACGGUUAUGGCAAAGCUACAAGGAUGGCUCGUUGGAAGAAAAAAUGAAAAAAAACCUUCAAUGAGAUGAAGGGAUUGAGGGAAGUGAGCCAUGGAGAAGAGAUUGAUGUGGAGGUUACAAUAGACGAGGAAGAGUACCGCCAAGUUCUCUGGGAUCUUGUCCUCUUGAAGGCAAAAGGUAAUUCAGUGAAGACCGUUACUAAAAGACAGCGCAGACACUCAGUUUGCUGUGGACGAGAUUUUCCUGAAAAGGUCGGCAAACCAAUGGAUGUAACACAGAUACAAAUACGAGUAGGACGACCUCUUACGGAACUAGAAAUUUCUAUAAGAAAUAUAAAAAGGCUCAAAGAAGCUUUGAGAGGAAAAGAGUUUGCAUCAAGAAUCGCCGAAGUUGAAGAGCAAAGACUAUCUGAAAUAGAAAGACAAUUAUCGGAGAUGGAAAUCUUUUUAGCUGCGUCAAGUUUCUCGGAGAUCAGAAUGAAAGAGGCAGAAAAAAGAAGUCCCUCCGAGUACAUAACAAAGAGCAUACCGAGUGUGGAAAGGAGAUUGCAUAUAGCAGCUGCGUCAUGUUCCUCGGAGAUCGGAUUGAAAGAGGCAGACAAAAGACAUUUCGCCGAGGACGUAACAACGAGCAUACAAGCAUGCGAGUCGAUGGUGGAGACUAAUGAAGUAGCUGCGUCAUGUUCCUCGGAGAUCGGAUUGAAAGAGGCAGACAAAAGACAUUUCGCCGAGGACGUAACAACGAGCAUACAAGCAUGCAUCAGAGUGAAAGAGCCAGAAGAAAGAGAUUUCACCGAGUAUGAUAUAGCUACGCCAGGUUUAUCGGAGUCCAAAUCGAAAGAGGCAGCAAGACUUUCGGCAUAUCAUUUCGCCUUACACACUACGCAAGGGAAAUUGCCCGCGGGAUCUAGCUUGACAUCCUCGUCAGAGUAUUACAAAAAAGGAGACUUCAUUUCCCUUCGUGAACUCAAGCUUCGUGAGUACCAGAAAGAGCUUGCAGCACCUGCCCUGGAAGGCAAGAACACCAUCAUCUGUGAACCAACCAACAGUAACAAGACCUUUGUUGCUAUGAAGAUUGUAAAAAGACACCUUGAUGCUUGCAAAAUUCUUAAAAUUAAGAGCAAUGCAGUGAUAGUUGUGGUUGAUAAGCAGAUCAGUGUGUUUCAACAAAGAGCCUGUUUUGAGGAGUAUCUGACGAACUACAGCAUAUCAGACAUCUCGGGAAGCAAUUCAGAUGUGAUUCCUCUUCACCGUAGGAUCCAGGACAAUGAUGUAGUCGUAGUGACUGCAGGGAUACUGAUGAACGCUAUGGUUGACAAAUCAGUCCAUAUUACAGAUAUAACACUUCUAGUGUUUGAUGAAUGUCACCAUGCCAACAAGGAUCACCCGUACAGCCAAAUUAUGCAGGCGUACUUGGAGACUAAAUUAUACGAUCUCGAAACGAAGAAAUUACCUCAGGUAGUUGGUUUCACUGCUUCUCUUGGUGCAACUACUAAGGAACAAGUCCUACAGAUUUGUGCUAACAUGGACGCAUCUAACAUCAGUACCGUUUGCAAGAACACCGAGGAGCUCAAACUCUUUUCUCCUCAGCCGUUACUCGAAACGAAGAAGACACAAAUUGAAAAGAAGCCUAACAUAUUUGAGAAAGAAUUAAAUAAGGCCAUGGAAAAAAUUGAGGUCUUCAUCAAGGAAACUCCUCCCCAAGCAAUGGAUCGGCAGGUUGAAGGUUAUCGCCAGUGGAUUAAACUGCUUGAAAAAAAGGGAGAAGGGAAUCAAUUGGCAUGCGCGUCACAACUAAGAUGUUAUCACGAGGCACUGCUAAUCAACAGCAAGGUUAGAAUUGAAGACGCCAUUCUUUACCUGGACGAGUACAUCAACGACCUCGACAAAUCAAAGUUUACUGAAACUGAAUAUUGGUUGCAAGAAUUGUACCUCGAAACGAAGGAGCGAAUCAAAAAGCACAUCAAAGAAGCUGGUAGGCCAGAAAAUCCGCUACUUAUUGCAUUACAGAAGAUGUUAUUAGAUUUCCACACAACUAAAGCUCCGGAAGAAUACAAACCUAAAGGAAUCUUAUUUACGCGUACGAGGGAAUACGCAUACGCGCUAAAGAAGUGGAUGGAAGAAUCUGAAGAGCUUAAGGAAAUUUUAAGACCUGAGGUCUUGCUUGGAGUUGCUGCGGUAACGCAAAGCCAACAAGAACAGGUCAUUCAGAGUUUUAAGGAAGGCACAGUCAACAUCAUCAUUGCAACAACCGUUGCUGAAGAAGGACUGGACAUCUCUGACUGCAGUUACGUCAUUCGCUAUGGAUUUCAGGAAAGUGAGAUUUCAAGUGUACAGUCAAAGGAACGUAAACGACGAUCUCGAGAAAUGCUUUUGGAAUUAGUUUUGAGAGAUAUAAAGGAUAUUCCCUCAGAAAAGUUUCAAAAAUUGAUACGCAUCCUGCAGAUCAAAAGUUUUGCCAAUAAAAAACCAGGGCAAGAAACCGGCAUUGAGAAAUCCUCUCUGAAAGAUGCUGAUGGUGUGACAUUUUACUGUCAGAAGUGUAUGGCAUUGGUUUGUCAUGCUCAAGACAUUCGUAGGUUUAAAGAGUCACAUCACGUGGUUAUCAACAAGGACAUUCAUGAAAGGAUAGACAUCAAACCCCACGAAAAACCCAAAACUUUCGAUGGCAUUCAUUUUGGCAAUAGGAUUUAUUGUAAGAAAUGUGGCCAUUACUGGGGAGUGAUCAUAACAGUUGAAGAAACAGAAUGGCCAUGUCUGGAGAUAGUUAGUUUCGUGACAACGUUCAACCAUGGCAAAGAAAAAAAGAGCUUCAAAAAGUGGAAGGACUUGCCUAUCAAGAUAUGUGACGCUACCCUGAAAGAAAUGUUGACAGAAGCCAGCUAAUCUGAAAGAUAAUGCUGGGAUUAGAAUCAGAAUCGAAAAAUCUCGUAAAACUAUGAUGUCACUUUUCCUCGUGAUGAUUAUAGAUUUACGGGCCAUUAAUUGAAAAAAAUAACUUAGCUAAUAACAGAUUUUAGUUAAUAACUAUUCUGCAAAAUACGUCAGUAAAAAGAGAGUAAAAUAUUGUAGUUAUAUGCCAAUUAGUUUUUUAGUUAUGGAGUCAUUAUACUUCUUAAAAAUAAGUUAUUUAUGUAAUAUCCUCAGUUUAUAUUAGAUUGUAAUUACUUAAAAGGGGCACUUGGUGAAAAUCGAUGAAAAUUGGAAAUGACAUGAAACUUGGUUACGCUUAUCUAUAUGGCCCCAAUAGUCGCCAAGCAACAUAUUUUCUUCACAGUAAAAUGUGUCGUAUAAAAAUUAUCA